CUGUGGUGAAGAGGAAAGAAUCGCGGGUUUAUUUUGCGGCCCCAUCCCCAGACUUUGAAAUAUUCACGCUACAGAUCUACAUAACCAAUUCAGCCGAACAAGGCUGAGAACGAUACACAAGGCUGCGAAGAUGGCCUCCGAGAAUCAGAACCCAAACACUCAUCCACAGCCCUCAGUGCCCUCAGUCAGGCUCCAUGAAGCCCUCCCUCCACUCCCCCGUAUCCGUCUCCAGAUCCCCAUCACCCCAUACCUCGAUACCCCCUCGUCGCCCUUGAGCGUCUACACCGACGAUUCCCUCCUCACGCCCGAAUCCGCACGUCGGCGGCCCGCAGGGAAAGACAUGAAUUCAGGCUCCCCAGUCCGUCACGAUAGAGACAGAGACGAGGAGGAGAGCGCGAAAGCGACGCCGCUUGAUGAUCCUCCCCAGACCAUGUACGAAUACAUCCGAACCCUCCAACGCCAACGGCCCACGCAUCUCUACUCGCCCUCAUCCAACACAUUCCUCUCUCCCACAUCGCACCCCUCAUCCCCCAGCCCCUCCCCCUACCAGCCCUACCGCGACUCGCCCCCCUCUUCCGCACGCCCUGGUCUUGGUAUCAUCACGCUCUCCCCGCUCACCCCCUCCUCCCAGCCCCCCUCAUACGAAGAACUGUAUCUGCAACAUCCAUGUCCGCGGCAACGCACGCGUCUCCAAGAACUCGUCCGCCGCAUGGAGGAGGAGCCCAGCGUCGAGGAGCAGAUCGCGAGGUUCGUGGCCGGUCUGCUGUUUGUUGCGUUUACCGUCGUGUGUGUCGGGAUGGCUUUUGAUUGGGGAAGAGCACCCGUGAAUGAGAGGGCCAUGAGUAGGUUGUGUGGGGGUCGAUGUAGGAUGUCUGCAUCAUCAUCAUCAUCAUGAGGGGCCUCUCUCUCUCCCCUUUCAUUUUUCUUUUUUUUCCCUUACUUGCGUUUUUUUUUAUUGUUGUUCUUUUUCUUCAUCCCGGAUUCAGGAUACCCCGGCAUUGGCAUGACAUGGAAUGGCGUUCUGGAUAUAUUUGUACUCAACUUCCUCAUUCCUCAUCCUCAUCCUCUAUGUAC